AUGGCUCUCCAUCAAUUCGACUACCUUUUGGCAGUCGGCACCAUCUUCGCCUUCCUCGACGCCUGGAACAUUGGUGCCAACGAUGUCGCCAACUCAUGGGCCUCGUCCGUGUCCUCGCGCUCCAUCACCUACCUCCAGGCCAUGUGCGGCGCCUCUAUUCUCGAGUUCGCUGGCGCUGUCGGUGUUGGUGGCCGUGUCGCUGAUACCAUCCGAACCAAGGUUGUCGACGUCCAAGCCUUUGAAGAUUCACCAGCCCUUCUCAUGCUAGGCAUGACCUGUGCGAUUAUUGCCUCUUCUCUCUACCUUACCUUUGCUACAAAGGUUGGUAUGCCCGUGUCUACAACGCACUCCAUCCUAGGUGGUGUUCUCGGUAUGGGUGUUGGUGCCCUUGGUGGCAAUGCUGUCAUUUGGGUCGGAUACAAGGCGGAUGGCUCCGUGAACAUUCAGUCUGGUGUUGUUCAGGUCUUCCUUGCCUGGAUCAUCGCACCUGUCCUGUCUGGUACAUUUGCUUCCCUCAUCUUCCUCUUCACCAAGUACGGUGUCUUGCUGCGGAAGAACCCCACCAUGAAGGGUCUCUUUCUCAUUCCCUUCUACUUCUGGGUUACCUCCUCGCUUAUUGUCAUGCUUCUCCUCUGGAAGGGCGGCGGUUACACCGUGAACCUCACUGAGGCCCAGAUGCCUGGUGUUAUUGUUGCCACCGGUGCUGGUGUCGGUAUGCUCGUCGCCGUCUUCCUCGUUCCCUGGAUCUACAGAGUCGUCAUCAAGGAGGACUGGCAGCUUCGCGCCUGGCACAUCUUCCAAGGUCCUCUCCUGCUCCGCCGCGGGGAAGUCCCACCCCCACCUCCCGGUUUCACUGGCGCCGUGCGUAACUUCUACGAUGGCCAUCUGACUCGGGAGGAGCUGGAUGCCCGGCGUGCUCGUCAUGCGGCCGAACACUCUGAAGAGGGUGACGUUGAGGGACAGCACGAAGACAAGGCCGUCGACGGCGUCGCGAGUGACUCUGUUGACGCUGCCGAGAACACUACCCCCGCUAAGAAGAGCCUCGUUGGGCCCAAGCCUGAGGUGGCAUGGUACAGAAAGGAAUUCCUCUGGUGGGCCAUCAAGUUCGCCCUUUUCCGCGGUGUUGAUGUCGAUAUUGUCGCUAAGCAGAAGGCCGACACCGUGCUUAGCCGUGACAUGGAGGAGAUCCAUGCCCGUGCUACCCACUUCGACAACCGCACCGAGUUCCUCUACACCUUCCUCCAAGUUUUGACUGCCUCUGCCGCCUCUUUCGUACACGGUGCCAACGAUGUGGCUAAUGCUGUUGGCCCUUACGCUUCCAUCUACCAGAUAUGGGAGAGCGGCAAGAUUCCUGGCGCCAAGUCUAACGUGCCCGUCUGGAUUCUGGCUUUCGGUGGUGCCGGUAUCGUCGUUGGUGUCUGGACCUACGGCUACCGUAUCAUGUCCAAUCUUGGUAACCGCAUGACCCUCAUGUCCCCGGCCCGCGGAUUCUCGAUGGAGCUGGGAACCGUCAUUACGAUUGUUAUUGCCACCCGUCUUGAACUUCCCGUUUCCACCACACAGUGCAUCACCGGAGCCAUCGUUGGUGUCGGCCUGUGCAAUGGCGACUGGCGAGCUAUUAACUGGCGCAUGGUUGCCUGGGUCUACCUUGGUUGGUUCAUCACCGUACCUGUCUCUGGCCUCAUCGCAGGUUGCCUCAUGGGUUUCAUCACCUAUGCCCCCAAUUGGUCUUGA